UAAUGCCCCUUCGUGGAAGGGAGAGAAGAUGUCACCAAUCGAAUCUGCCAAGUGCCAACUGCCAACCCAUCUUUGCUUCCUUCUUGAAUCUCUUAUUUCCUUCUGUCGAAGUUCAACUCAAGAUCAUGGCUUGAGUGGGAGAACCAAUUCUAUCAGCUUCUUUCAAGGUGUUUUGGACAAAUUGGAUAGCCCAAUUAUCAAGGAUUCUGCACCUGAUUGGGGAAUUGAUGCAGAUCUCGAAAAACUAGAGGAAUCGUUGCUGAUGAUCGAGACUCUGCUCAUGGAUGCCGAGCAACAACGGACCAAAAAGGAGGCAGUGAAGAAAUGGCUAAAUGAACUCAGUGAUCUGGCUUAUGAUGCCGAAGACACAUUGGCCGAGUUUGAAAUCUAUGUUGAACAGUACCAGGUACGCCGCUCCAUCCCGCAUGAACUAAAAGAUCAGAUAAAUUUUGAGAUAAAGAAGAUCAACGAAAGGCUAGAGAAACUUAAAAAUCGAAUGAUUGUACUAGGAUUGGAAAGGAUCCAUGUAGAAGGGAGGAUGAGUGAUGAAAUUACAAAGAGAACGCCAACUACUUCCAUUCUAGAUGAAUCUUGUUUUUAUGGUCGAGAGACUGAUAAGAACAACAUAAUUUUCAAACUGUUGAGUUGGGAUGGUCCAAGUGAUGAAAGAAAUUAUGGAGUGCUUCCCAUAGUUGGUAUGGGUGGGCUGGGCAAAACUACGCUUGCUCAGUCUGUAUAUCAUGACGACGAGAGAGUAGAGAAGCAUUUCAAACUCAGAGCAUGGGUUUGUGUGUCUGAAGAAAUUGACAAUGCUAAGAUAACAAAAGCUAUCAUCGAGUCUGCCACUAUGGAAACUUGUAGUCUCACAAGUCUAGAAGCACUCCAAGGAAAACUCAAGAAGAUGUUGAGCGGGGAGAAAUUUUUAAUCGUUCUGGAUGACGUCUGGAACGAGAAACUGGAGGACUGGGAAGAACUACAGAAACCAUUCCAGUUUGGGGAAAAAGGAAGUAGAGUUAUGGUGACCACAAGAACUGAAAGGGUUUCAUUAAACAAGGGUACCCUUCCUGCUUACCAUUUAGGUGGUUUAGAAGAUAAAUAUUGUUGGUCACUAUUAAAGCAAAGGGCAGCUGUAGAUGAUGCUCUUUCGAAUGCAAAUCCAAAUUUGGAAGCAAUCGGUAGGAAAAUAGUGGAAAGAUGUAAGGGUGUACCUCUUGCAGUGAAGACACUGGGAGGCCUCUUACGUUUUAAAGUUGAAGAGAAGGAUUGGGAAUAUGUGUUGAAAAGUGAAAUGUGGGAACUAAAAAAUGAAAGUGAGGGUAUAAUGCCAGCACUGCGAUUGAGUUUCCAGCAUCUCCCAGCGCAUCUGAAGCGUUGCUUUGCUUAUUGUUCCAUCUUUCCCAAAGAUUACGUAUUUGACAAGGAGCAGUUGGUUUUAUACUGGAUGGGGGAGGGAUUUAUUGUAGGUUCCAAAGGAGGAACAAAACAAAUGGAGGACAUAGGAAGUGAGUAUUUUGAUGAGCUAUGUUUCAGGUCAUUUUUCCAAUAUUCUGGAAACAACAAAUCAUUUGUGAUGCAUGAUCGUAUUCAUGAUUUAGCACAAUCCAUUUCAAAGAAUAUAUGCUUUCGAGUUGAUGAAGAUGAUAAGUGGUUGAGGAAUAACAGAAAUAUUAACAUUCCUAACAAGGCACGCCAUUUGUCAUUGUUUGCUACAAAGCCAAUAGAUGAUAAUGCUUUGGACCAUUUAGUUAAGAAUAAGUGUAGUUCACCACGCACAUCUCUGUUGCUAGGCAAAGCUAUCAUUACAUGCCAAGUCGCAAAGCUUGGUAAUUUAUAUGAUACAUGGAGAUACUUGCGUGUGUUGAGCUUGCUCAAUGUUAACUAGGUAAUGAUGGGUUGCUAGACUCGAUUGGUAACUUAAAAUUACUAAGAUGCCUUGACCUUUCAUGGUCUACGAUUAGAAGUUUACCAAAGUCAAUUUGUAGCCUCUAUCGUUUACAAAUAUUAUUGCUUUAUGGCUUGUCUUUCUGGACAACUGCAUUACCUGAAAACAUGAGCAGAAGCUCGUUCACAUUCGACUUAUCAAGAUGGAUUCGUACAAGUGUAGAAUUCCAAGGAAUGGAGUUAGAGAUGAAUUGAAGUUGUAUGCCAAGUGCAUCAGGGCACAGAGAGUUCUUAUUUCAGGACUAGAGAAUGUUGCUGCUGUCAACAACAUCGCAGAUGUCAAUUUCAAGAUAAGAAAUCAUGACCUUGAGAAGUUGACAUUAGAAUGGGAUAACAUGAUUGAAGUUGGAGAAAGAGCAGCAACUGUGGCCCAACAAAUAAUCCAGUGUCUUCAUCCACCUAAUGCAAAACUACAGACUCUCAGUAUCAAGGGGUAUUAUGGUUUAAGAUUUCCUCAUUGGAAACCUACCCCAUCUCCAACAGCUAAUAAUAAGUGAAAUGGACAAUUGGGGAGGAGGAGAAUGGUCCUUAGCCUCAAGCUCAGGUAGAGCAAACAUAGACCAAGUAGAAGGUGACCCUGGCCUACAACAAUCCUCCUCAUCUUCUGCAUAUGCGAAGAGAUGUCAAGUAGUGUUUCCUCGUCUAGAGAGGCUUGAGAUAUCCAGUUGUCCCAAGCUAAAGGCAUUGGAAGUUACCCAUCCCCUUCCUUGAAAUACUUGGAGAUAAGGGAAUGUAAGGAACUGAAAUUUCUACCUGAAGGGAUGCACAGUUUAUUCACAUCUCUUGAAAUUUUAUAUAUCACAAGUUGUCCUCGCCUAAUGGCCUUUCCCAAUGGAGGAUUUCCAACCAAGAAUUUAAAACAUCUUGACAUAGAAGAAUGUAAGGAACUCAAAUCCCUACCUAAAGGAAUGCACAACAUCACAUCUCUUGAAGGUUUAAGCAUCAGAGAGUGUCCUCGCCUAAUGGCCUUUCCAGAUGAAGGAUUGCCCACCCAACUAAUUGAACUUGAGAUCAACGGAUAUGCUGAGGACAAUAGAGAACUCCUCCUACCCAAGGGUGUUGGCCUACAUAAACUUACUUCUCUUCAAGCAUUGUCUAUAUGUGAUUGUUCAGGUCUCAAGUCAUUUCCAAAAGAUGAUGAAAACUGGCAGCUACCUAUCUCUCUUAAAACACUGAAGAUUUUUAAUGCUCCAAAGCUCGAGUCCUUGCCAGGACUUCCCUUUGAGCUUUUAGUAAUCAGUGGGUGUCCUCUUCUAGGACAUUCUGUGAAUGGAACAACGGGAGAAACUUGUCCAAGACUUCUCUUACAAAAGUGAGUCCUGUUCACACAUUUGCUACCGCACCUCUCUACAAUCCCAUCUACGCUAAUACCAUUUAUGUCUACUGUUCAGUCAAGACUUCUCUUACACAAAUCCAUGGCUGUAAAUGCUAAAUGAGCCUUCAUGAUUGUGACUUCUCAACUUCCAUGGUGACUACAGAGUACAGACCAAGGAGUCUCGUCGGCUGACAUCAAAGCAGCAAUCAGAUUCAAGAAAAGAGGCACCAUCUUUCAGAGAGGAUUUGAAGCAUUGUUGGUUGGCGAAUGCCCAGAGUCCCUGCAACUUCCUUUGAAGACAGGCUAAUACAAAAAAGAAUUCUUUCCAUGGAUCUCUUAACCAGUCCUCAACAUCCCAAACCAUCAAAUAUUGCAGUGUUUCUUCACAUUAGUGCGGCAGAAGUCUUAACACAACGAAAUGCUAUUGAUCCUCAAGAAGCUGGAUGAUAUGUCAAGCACCAGUCUCGUUUCCAGAAAUUAUAAGCUUCUGCUAGUGACACAAUUAUACUUGGCAGGGAACAAUGAAACGUUUGAAAAUAAAUAUAGAAAGCAAACUGUCUUCUGAUUAUUAGGAAUUAACUAGAAGCGAAUAUGUUCAUGGCUCACUGUUCCAGACUUUAGAGCCAUUACCCCACUAAGGUCUAAUCAGCUUUGGAGCUUCAAACUUCCAAACGCCAAUUAAAAACCCCACCAAAUAAUCUCACUAAUCACUUGUUUCAAUGUAGUCUCCCAGACGAGCUUCAAAAAAAAAAUUGUAGUCUCCCAGACAGGGCAUCUCACUAAUCACUUGUUUCAAUGUAGUCUCCCAAGUGCUAAUCAGGUCCUGGAAAAAUAAAAAUCAGGAACAUCACUAGGUUGACGUUGAUCCCUACCUAAGAGUUUCUACGUUAAAAAAAUAGCUUGGUCGAAUGCAAUUCAGCAAUUUGAUUUGUGCUUUACCAUUCAGAGAUUUCAAGGGUUUUGAAUUUUUUUUCUCCAACAUCCAAAUGAAUGUUCAGCAAAGCACAUCAAUUAAUUAUAAUAUGAAAUAAGAUCAACCCGGCAUCAUUAAUCCUCUUGGAGGGACUUUCUCCUUGACAAAUACGAUUAUGGUUCAAGCUUUAACGAUUACUAUAGCUCCAAGCCCUAGGUCACAAACUUUUGCCUAUCAAGAUUUGAGCUAAACACGUAGACAAAGUAAAUAAUGUCUUCGAUCCUUUGAAUUCUUAAACACAGAAAAGCCUGAAAUCGCAAGAAAAUGGAGUGUUUUUUAUUUCUGUUGUCUCAAAGAUUUGCUACCAUUUCUGUGCUUUAUCUGUCUUCUCUCAUUUAUGUGCUCCAUCUCCCUUACCUCCUAAAAACCUAACCAAUGUCCUUACACAUCUUUGAUUCAGAAUCCAAUUUAGACUCCCAACGUUCAUAGAAACUCUCAUACUCUACCUGCAAUCUAUGCAUUUUGAUCACAUGACAUCUUCAUGUGAUCAAACUCUCAUACUAUGCAGAAACUCUCAUACUCUUAACUGAAAGUGAAAGCCCAAUCUCACAUUCAUCUGAUUUUAAUCUAUAAUGCGUGCCCCAUUUCAUAUUAUCUACCAUAAAGGGAAGGCCCAUCUGCUAUGACGAACAAACACCAAAAAAGCACAAUUGUUUACAGUUUCAGCUUUCAAUAAAAAGUAAAAAGUAAAAACACCACAAAUAGCCAUUAAUCCAUUAUGGCUAAGAAUUGAAUGCAUGAAAUGAGAGUCAGCAUUGUCAGAUGAUUGACCAUGUUAUUCAUUAUUUCAUAUCCAAGUUUUAUAAUAGUUCAGCAUCAUAACCACUGUCCAGUACGUACAGUUAACUCAGAACACCCACAUCUGAUCUGAUAUCAGCUUCCAGCUCCAGAGAACGGAAGGAGACACCCUUAAAAGACUCGUAUGCUUAUAACCUGAGAAGACAGUAUAGCUCCAAAGCCAAUCUUUUGGUUUUACUAUUUUCUUUUUAAACUAUAAAUCAUUGUUCUUCUGUAAAUAAUAAAACAUAAAUAAAAGAAAACACGAAAAACCUUAAUGGUGACAAUGCCAACGCAAUAACAGAUGGCAAAGCAAGGAGAUAAUGGCUUCCGUAAUGUGACUGGGUGGUGGUGAUUGUAAAGAUCCACCCGUGGGAGACAUUUACAAGGGGCAACUGUUCUCUCUUUAAUGCAGAAUGAGUAUAUCUUUUUAAACAACAAUCCUAUUGAACAAUAUCUUGGAAUAUUACGGGAGCAACAAACCCAUUUGAAGGCUAAAAACUAGUGAGUUUCACAAAGCUUCACAGAAAACAUACCGACCCUUCUUCACUCAUUAAUCCUAAAAACUAGGAUAUAUUCAAUUCACAACUUUGCGCAAAUAGAUGCAUAAA